CCUCCCCCUCCCCCUCCCCCGCCCGCUCCCCCGGUCCCGGGAGGAGCCGCCAGCCAAGAUGUCCCGGUCCAACCGGCAGAAGGAAUACAAAUGCGGGGACCUGGUCUUCGCCAAGAUGAAGGGUUACCCGCACUGGCCUGCCCGGAUUGAUGAGAUGCCAGAAGCUGCAGUCAAAUCCUCCUCCAAUAAGUACCAAGUCUUCUUCUUCGGGACCCAUGAAACGGCAUUCCUGGGKCCCAAAGACCUCUUCCCCUACGAGGAGUGCAAGGAGAAGUUUGGCAAACCCAACAAGCGGAAAGGGUUCAGYGAAGGUUUGUGGGAGAUCGAGAACAACCCCACGGUCAAAGCCUCCGGYUACCAGCCCACCCAGAAGAAGAGCUGCCCCGAGGCGGCCGAGCGGGAGCCGGAGGGAGAUGGGGAGAAGAAAGGCAACGCGGAGGGCAGCAGUGACGAGGAGGGCAAGCUGGUGAUCGAYGAGCAGUCCAAGGAGAAGAACGAGAAAGCUGGGAUCAAGAGGAAAGCGGAAGAUGCUUUGGAGGACUCCCCUAAACGCCCCAGGGAUGCAGAGGGGCAGGAAGAAGACAAGAAGAUGGACAAUGAAGAGGCCCCCAAAGAGGAGCCCAAAGCCAACCCAGGCGAGGGGGAGAAGAACAGCGACGCCGCCGACGCGCCGGACGCCAACGAAGCCAAGCAGGAGGGCAAGGAGGAGGUCAGAGACCACAAGGAGAGCCUGUAGCAGCUUCCCUGGUGAGCUGAUCCUUCCCCGCUGGGUCUGGGUGCUGCCCCGUGUCGCCCUCGCCUCUGGCUCGUCGCGUUCCAGAGCUCCGGAUGAGAGAAACCACCCCAAAAUGAAAUUUCAAAAGGAGAAAAAAAAAAAUUUAAAAAAACUACAAAAAAAAAAAAAGAGAGGAAUGCAGAGCGGCCGGGUACUGAUCCCGAGCGCUCCGUGCCUGCCCCAGCCGUGGGCGCACGCUUUGUAUUAGUGAUUCCUCGGGGCUGAGCAGUUGAUUUGAAAUAAAAGCGAAUCUUGCCUUUUUAAA